UCGCAGACACUGAGCUGGACAAAGAUCCCAACCCUGAAGAACUUCUCCAGAAUCCAGGUUGCUGAAUCUUCCCUGCUGCCUAGAGAGAUUCCAUAUCACCUCUUGACAAUGGGAAACUGGGUGAUUAACCAGUGGCUCUCAGUUUUGAUUCUGGCUAUUUGGUUGGGGCUGAAUGUUUUCCUGUUUGUGCAGGCUUUCCUGUCGUAUGAGAAGGGUAUCAAGUACUUCUACACAAGAGAAAUCCUGGGGUCAGCGUUGGCCUGGGCCCGAGCCUCUGCUCGCUGCCUGAAUUUUAACAGCAUGCUGAUCCUGAUUCCCGUGUGUCGAAAUCUGCUGUCCUUCCUGAGGGGCACCUGCUCAUUUUGCAGGCGCACCCCGAGAAAGCAACUGGAUCACAACCUCACCUUCCACAAGCUGGUGGGGUAUAUGAUCUGCCUACACACAGCUAUUCACAUCAUUGCACACCUGUUUAACUUGGAACGAUACAGCAGAAGCCGACAGGCCACAGAUGGAUCUCUUGCUUCCGUUCUCUCCAGCCUAUCUCAUCAAGAGAAAGAGGGGAAUUCUUGGUUAAAUCCCAUCCAGUCCCCAAACAUGACAGUGGAGUAUGUGACAUUCACCAGCAUUGCUGGUCUCACUGGAGUGAUCAUCACAAUAGCUCUGGUUCUCAUGGUGACUUCAGCUAUGGAGUUUAUCCGGAGGAGUUAUUUUGAGGUUUUCUGGUAUACACACCAUUUAUUUGUCAUCUACCUCAUCGGCUUAGGUAUUCAUGGCAUUGGUGGAAUUGUUCGGGGUCAAACAGAAGAGAGCAUGGAGGAGAGUCAUCCUCACAGGUGUGCAGAGUCUUUCGAGAAGUGGGAUGAUCAUGACUCCCACUGCAAGAGUCCCCAAUUUGAAGGGCACCCUGCUGAGUCUUGGAAGUGGAUCCUUGCACCAGUUGUUUUUUAUAUCUUUGAAAGGAUCCUCCGAAUUUAUCGCUCCCAGCAGAAGGUUGAGAUUAUCAAGGUUGUCAUGCACCCAUCCAAAGUUUUGGAAUUGCAGAUGAACAAGAGUGGCUUCAGCAUGGAAGUGGGACAGUAUAUUUUUGUUAAUUGCCCCUCAAUUUCUUACCUGGAGUGGCAUCCCUUUACCCUGACUUCUGCUCCAGAGGAAGACUUCUUCUCCAUUCAUAUUCGAGCAGUGGGGGACUGGACAGAAAAUCUCAUAAGGGCUUUUGAACAACAGCAUUCACCAUUUCCCAGGAUUAAGGUGGAUGGUCCCUUUGGCACUGUCAGUGAGGAUGUUUUCCAGUAUGAAGUGGCUAUGUUGGUCGGAGCAGGAAUUGGGGUCACCCCUUUUGCUUCCAUUUUGAAGUCCAUCUGGUACAAAUUCCGGCGGGCUGAUCACAACCUCAAAACACAAACGAUCUAUUUCUACUGGAUCUGCAGGGAGACAGGUGCCUUUGCCUGGUUCAAUGACCUAUUGGCUUCCCUGGAACAGGAGAUGGAGGAAUUAGGCAAAGUGGGUUUUCUAAACUACCGUCUCUUCCUCACCGGAUGGAACAGCAACAUUGCUGGUCAUGCAGCAUUGAACUUUGACAAGGCCACUGACAUCCUGACUGGUCUGAAACAGAAAACCUUCUUUGGGAGACCUAUGUGGGACAAUGAGUUUUCUAGAAUAGCUACCACCCAUCCCAAGUCUGUGGUGGGAGUUUUCUUAUGUGGUCCUCAGACUUUGGCAAAGAGCCUGUGCAAACGCUGUCACCAAUACUCCAGUGUGGAUCCUAGGAAGGUUCAAUUCUACUUCAACAAAGAAAAUUUCUGAAUUAGAGGAAUAAGGACGGUAAUCUGUAUUUAGUCUCUCCUUUGUAUCUUCAACAACUUACUUGGUCUGGUCAGGUUUGGGCAGCUGCCACUGAAGGAUAAUAAUGUGCCUCUCAAGCCUUGACUCCCUGGCAUUCUUUUUAAAUUGGAUUCAACUUCGUUGUCACUGAGCUUUCACGAACCCACGCACUUCAGGAGUCAUGAUACUCUCAAAGCCCAUGGAUCCUUUCUUGGGAAAAUAACUGUAAAUCCUUUUGGAAUGCCAUGACUGCAGCAAGGCCUGAUAGCAGACGUGGCUGACAGUUAUACAACUUAAGCCCAGGUGAUUUUGUUGAUUCCAAGUGUUACCAUCUCCUGGACUUUGGGUCAUAAUCUCCCCUCCUACCCACAAAGAAGAUUUCUAAGUAGGAUGGUUUUUUAAAUAAAAAUUUAUUGAAGAAUUAAUGACAAAACAUAAUAAGCAUAAAUAAUAAAACAACGAACAUAAAGUUACCAAGAACCCCAUCCCUAUAUAACACUAUGUACAUUCGUACUGUUAUUUUAAACAUGGUCUUAUCCAGUGUGAACAGCAAUUUAUGCUUUACUUAUUUUUGCUUGUCAAAAAAUGAAGGAUUUUCUUCUUUGCUUAACAAAUGAUUUGUUAUUUUAUCUGGGUUCUCCAUUUGGGAAAGAAAAUCUUGCAAAUGUGUUAAUCGUAAUUGAAAUUGUAUUAGAAUUGAAAGCUAUAUUGUCAUUAGUUUGCAUUGUUCUGUUAAAAAUAAUUGUGAAAACUCGAACUCCAUCUUAGGAUGACUUAUUCAGUCAACAGGGGUUCUUUAUUGCCAUUUUUAUUAAGGGGGUUUAUUAACAUCCAGUUUUAAAAAAAGAUAAUUUAGAAUUUUGAUAACAUUUUUUGGGCUCCUACCUACCUAGUCACUAAGGAAUCAUUACCUAAUGACAUAAGCAAAAUGCCUUUUCUUUUUCCUAUCAAAAUGCUUUUUAUUUCUCCCAUACACUCGGCUCUGGGAUAUUAGUAGUCACAGUGAAUCAGUAGGAGGAAAGAAGACUGAGGCCCUUAAAAGAAGGAAAAAACACACUUCAUUGUGCCCAAAGACAAUUCAACUCAUUAUAAAUUUAUAAGAAUGUUUCUACUGGAUUAGCAUUAUAGCACCUAUUUCUCUACCAUUAAGUGACCAAGAUUGAAUAAAUGGUUGUUUCUAAUUAUCCAGAAACCUAUAUGACUUGAAGGAUUAGUAAGAUUGAAUUUUUUCAGUCACUAGUCUGAACAAAGUAAAGAUAGGUCAUGAACUCAUGGUAGCUAAUUGUGUUUCAUUUACUAAUUGGACAUCAGUAAAAAAUACUGAGUGUUUCUAUAGGAAUAGAUUGGGGUACCCCUGCUGUUGCCAAUUUCCCAGAUUUCAGCGAUCUAAAUUAAUUUAAUAAGGUUUUAGGAAAAUGCACAAAGGAACCUUGACGGUAUGCUUCCUAGUAGACAACUGCUGACCAAAUGAUAAUUUGAUCUUCAAUGACUUUGAUUUGGAAUCUUAGUGUUCCUUGAAACUUAUAAUGAGUUCCUAAUGAGAAAGGCUUCACUCUUGGUCUCAAUGUGUAAAUAUAUUGACACUUCAAGAUAUGACUGCUGCUAAAAUCAACAUAUCAAGGCCUACAAUAGUCAUGGCAGCAAGCAGAAAAGGUAAUGAUAAUAAAUCCCAAGCAUGAUCAACAUCCACGCCCGAAUUGGGGAUGAGCAGGAUACCCAGAAAACUCCUCAGCUGUUUUGAGCAUGUUUUUCUUCCUAGGUUGUAAUAUGAAGUAUCUUAUUCAGCCAAUUUUUGUUGUAAAUUUUGAUAUAUCAGAGUAGAAAAUCCCUCAAUUUCAAUGUCUCGCAUAAAGUUAUCUUACCUUGGCAUUCUUUUGCUUGACACGUAAGCAAUAUGCUAUUACAUUCUCUAAGCCUAUGGAAGGCUUUUAAUUCACUUGACCAUAAUCCUAACCCAGGGGAUAGGAUUCUGAGAAUAUAAAUAGGCUCAAGAGUAGUUCCAGUGGAACUUUACUAAUUACUAAGGCACCUCUUAACCUCUUGAGGUUGGCCUGAUGGAGAGAAAACACGUUCCUCCUUAAUGCCACCAUGAGAGAGAAUAGUAGGCUGGAAGAGCCAUAGGUUAGAGCUAGUGGCACUAAUUAUGUUCAUACCUAUCUGCAAGGAAGCGGGCAAGGGGAAGGCCUAAUGGGCAAUCUGACUGCUUGUGCUCUGCAUUUGGUCCUCUUAAAAUAAAUGAGAAGAAUGUAAAAGUCUUAGGGUUUUCUGUUUUAAUUUCACAGAAUAAAUUUGGUUACAGGGUAGGGUUGUAGGUUAGUGAAAUCUAGAAGAUAGGAUGAAAUGUAUUUUGCUCAUUUGAUUUCUGUUCAGUUUGUAUUUAUUUCAUCUUGAACAUACGAAAAAUUAGUGGCUUUUUUAACUUUUAAAGUUGACUAUCCAGACUGAAGAGUUUUAGAAUAGACAAGUAAAUGUCAACAGUCUCUUGUUUUGUUGACACACUUGACCCAGUGCUAAUACAUCUUUGUCUUAAUUCUGAACUAUGCAUGUGAAUAGACUUGCUAUUGACAUAAAAAUGCACGUUGAUAUUUGGAUUUUUUUCUAAACUAAAUACACUGCUCUGUUAGGCUCUUUGCUUUGUUGGCCUUCUAACCAU